AUGAAUAAGGCUUUUCAAAGAAGUAAUAAUAAAUAACAAUAAUAGAGCAUUCUGAUAAUAGUAUUCUGAAAGGGAAAACUUAACAUCAAACCCAUCAGAGAAGUCCAAUGAGUACAAAAGAAAAUGAUACAAAAUUCAAAUAUCCUGAAGUUCUGCGUCGAAAAGAAUCUAAACCUUUAUAAGUUUAAACCAAUCAUUCAGAUAUGAGAUCACCUAGUGCUCAAUCUACAUAAUCUCCAAUUAAUAGUAAAACUUAAAUAUAUAAUUAUUAGAGAGCAUUCUCAUUACUCAUCGAUCUCAAUCAAUGUUUUAAGAUGCAUAAUAUAUUGAUUAUAUUAUUACAAAUAAAGAAGUGAAUUAAUUUUUAAAGAAACAUUUUUUACAUGAACAUAUGCAUACAAAUAGUUCUAGAAAUACAAAUACUAAAUUAAUUUGUGAUUCUUGGGAUAAAGUACCUGUAACUUACUUUAUUAAAAGUUUAUUUAGUGAGUAUCCUGAAAUCAUUGAAGAUCAUCAUUUAAAUGAGAAAUUAAAUAUUAAAUUAAAGACUCUAAUUAAAGAUUUGAUUUCUGAAGAUGGAUAAAUCUUAUCAUUAAAUAAACUAUAAAUACAUACACGACAUUUAGGAUUAUUGGGAUUAUUAUUGACUGCUUUAAGAGAUAUUCAAGAUGCUCCAACUGUAAAUCAUAAUACUCCUCAUAAUUAAUCUAUUUCAAAUGAAUUAGAUAUCUCUACAACAUAAUAAUAAUCAAAAUUUCACAAAUUAGCUUAAGAAAUAGCAACAUCAGCUGAAAAUAGAAUAAAUGAAUUGGUAAAUUUAAAAUUGCAAUAAUUCACAAUUAAAUAAAAAGAAUUAGAAAAAUAGAUUUAAUAAUUAAAAUAGAAAGCUACAGAAAAUUUUGAUCUUUUUUAGCAUGAGGCCAAAAAUAAAUAAGUUAUAACUCAUUUAACAUAAUAAUUAUAAUAGAAGGAUCAAAUUAUAGCAGAUCUUGAAUAAAAACUAAUUAAAAAAUGGAUGAAUUCAUCUAUUGAAGAAGAAACUCAUAUUACUAAAAUUGCAUAACCUAAAGCUUCACCUAUAAAAAUUUAAAGUCCAAGUUAAUCUCCAUUUAAUGAUAGUAAUCAAUAUUUAUAAAGAAUGAUUACCAAUUUAUGUACUGUUUGGGAUCUUGGUUGUGCAAAUGAAGAUUAUAGAUUUUCUUAAAUUUUAACAGCACAAGAAAAUAAUUAAAUGCCUUAUUAACAUUUUUAACUUAUUCCUAUUAUUAAAACAAUUCCAGGCUUCAAUGAGUUGAUAUUUAAAUCAUAAAAUAAUAAUCAUAUCAUCACAAAUUUCAUAUAGAAUUGCAUGAAUAAUGACAAUAAUAUAAUUUUGGAAUUAUAUUAUGAAAUUAUCACCUUACUUCCAAAUUUGAAAAUUAGUGAUCAAGAUUAAUAUUUAAUUAAUGUAAUGUAAUUAUUUCUAAAAUUAACUGUAUCAAUUUUGUAGAUUAAAACUGUAUUCAAUAUUACUAAAUUAAAAGAAUGGGGAUCAAUUAAAAGACAAUUAACUGAGUAAUAGAAUUAAUUUAUAAAAAAUUUGAUUAAUUAGAUUAUUUAGAUUAAUCAAUACAGCAUAAAGUAAAUACCUUAAUCAAAAUUAUGGAAUUAAUAAUAGAUUUUUCAUGAUUAAUAUGUGUAAGAAUAUAAUAAUCGAUUAAUUGAGAAUUAGGUUAUUAACAAUAUAUUACGAAAAUAACUGAAUUAAAUACACAAUAAACAAAACAUGAGAUUGUCUCUUAUUAUUAGGAUUGUUUAAUGUUUUUAUUACAAUGAUGUGGAAGAAUUAAUUGGUUUAAUGUAAUCUAUUUAAGGGGAAACAGAUAUAGAUAUUUAUUUAUCUAAAUUAAUUUUGGAUUGUGAUUGCAUAAACUUAAUUUUAUUUCCUAGUUUGUUUAAUCCUAAAUAUAUUCUUAAAUCAAUAACAAAUUUACUAUAAUUUAAGUGUCCUGGUUAAUUUUACAUAUUAUAUACUAAGUAAGUAUGUUAAAUUAGGAAUAUUGAUUUAUUGAUCGAUUUAUUAACUAAAAUGCAUAAUACUAUGAAUUCCGAUGUUGUUAUUAAAUUAUGGGAUGUAUUAGGAGCUAUUGCUAAGAGUGCAACCUUAAAGGAAUGUAAAGAAGGUUUACAAUUUGUAAUAAGAUUAUAUUCAAAUUCUCAUCAAGCUACAAUAAUACAUAAUAUAUAAUAAGUUUAAAAAAAUUUAGCAAUCCCAAUCUGA